AUGGUUAACGACUUGGAGACAGUUGUAAAGAACGCAAAAUGUCUGUUGUACGCUGACGACCUGAAGCUGAUCUUUGGGGUGAAAAAUGGUGCAGAUUGCAUUUCCCUGCAGGAGGACAUUGACUCCGUGAUGCGGUGGAGUGUUGAAAAUAAACUGCUCUUCAACGUAGCCAAAUGCUGUAUGGCUCCGCCCUGGGAUUUGGAACCUCUGCCUUUAGGGCUCCAGUGGUUUUUCUACACCCUUUUCAUCAUCAUAGUGCCGCCGGCCAUAGUAUUGAACUUUAUGGUCAUAUGUAUUGUCCUGUGUGGAAGGAAUAUGAGAAAAGCCGCUAAUUAUCCUAUAUUAAGCCUCGCCCUAGCCGAUCUCCUAACCUCCAUCUGCAACACCCCCUGGAAUUUCUACUACCUCCUGCACUACAACUGGCACUGGCUCGAGGACGUCUGGUGGAAUGGCCUCUUCUGCAAGGUCAACCAGUUCCUGUCGAACACUUUCAUCGCCGCCUCGGUGUUCACACUGCUGGCGAUCAGUGUUGACCGGUAG